AAGAGAUGCGUUUGUUUGGCACUCGCAGGGACACAGCGGGAGCGGGCAGAAUGGCACUGGGCACUCGCAGGGACACAGCGGGAGCGGGCAGAAUGGCACUGGGCACUCGGAGGGACACAGCGGGAGCGGGCAGAAUGGCACUGGGCACUCGGAGGGACACAGCGGGAGCGGGCAGAAUGGCACUGGGCACUCGGAGGGACACAGCGGGAGCGGGCAGAAUGGCACUGGGCACUCGGAGGGACAUGGCGAGAGCAGGUAGGAUGGCACUGGGCACUCGGAGGGACAUGGCGAGAGCAGGUAGGAUGGCACAGAUGGCACUGGGGACUAGGAGGGGCACGGCGGGAGCAGGUAGGACGAUGCGGACGGCACUGCCACUGCUGCUUCUGCUGCUGGCACUGUUGGGUCAGAGCCGGGCGUCGGACGGCUCGUUCCAGCGGGCGCUGGUGCUGGACAUGGCGCAGGUUCUGCUGGACAACUACUGCUUCCCCGAGAACCUGCUGGGCAUGCGGGAGGCCAUCGAGCAGGCCAUCCGGAGCGGAGAGAUCCUGCACAUCUCCGACCGCAAGACGCUGGCCGGUGUGCUCUCCGCCGGAGUGCAGGGCGCCCUCAACGACCCCCGGCUCACGGUGACCUUUGAACCCGGCUACGUUCCCAUGACGCCACCGCCGCUAAGCCUCCUCCCGCGGGAGCAGCUGGUGCGCCUGGUGCGGAGCUCCACCAAGCUGGACGUGCUGGACGGCAACGUGGGCUACCUGCGGCUGGACCGCGUCCUUGGGCGCGAGACGGCCGCCAAGCUGGGCGCGUUCCUGCAGGACUACGUGUGGAACCGCGUGGCGCGGACCCGGGCGCUGAUCCUGGACCUGCGCUACAGCGUGGGCGGCGAGCUCUCCGGGCUGCCGCACAUCGUCUCCUUCUUCUCUGACCCCGAGCCGCUGACGCUCAUCGAGACCGUCUACGACCGACCGUCCAACUCCACCUGGGAGCUGUGGACGCUGCCGCGCGUCCCCAGCCAGCGCUACGGCAAGCGCAAGGACCUGAUGGUGCUGACCAGCAAGCGCACCAGCGGCGCGGCCGAGGCACUGGCCUACGCGCUCAAGCACCUGGGCCGCGCCAUCGUGGUGGGCGAGAGGACCUCUGGGGGGUCGGUGAGAGUGGACAAGAUACGCAUCGACAGCUCCGGCUUCUACAUCACCGUGCCCGUUGCCAGGGCGACCAACCCGGUGACGGGCCAGAGCUGGGAGGUGACCGGCGUCUCGCCCUCCGUGUCCGUCAGGCCCAAGGAGGCCGUGUCCAGGGCGAAGGCCCUGCUCGCCGCCCGGGCGACCAUCCCGAAGGCCGUCCACAGCGUGUCCGACCUCAUCAGGAGAUACUACGCGUCCAGGGACAAGGUCAAAGUCUUGCUCAAGCACCUGGAGACCACCGACUUCUUCACGGUCAUCUCGGAGGAGGACCUGGCGGCCAAGCUCAACUACGAACUCCAGUCCGUGUGUGAGGACCCACGACUGGUCGUCAAGACGGCCACCUCAGUUCCGGUGACGACCCCAGGCGACUCUGACCCCGACACGACCCCAGGCGACCCCAACGCGCUGAUGGACGAUGUGUUCAGAGUGGAGGUCCGGCCAGGCAACACUGGAUACUUACGUUUUGACAGAUUCCUCGAUGCCACCACUCUCGUCAGAUUGGACAGGCAGAUAGCGCAGAAAGUCUGGGAGCCAAUCAGGGACACCGAUAACCUCAUCAUCGACCUGCGCUCCAACACGGGCGGUCCGUCGGAGGGCCUGCCCAUCCUCCUGUCCUACCUGCACGAUCCCACCCCACCUGUCCUCUUCUACACCCUCUACAACUCCAUCCAGAACACCACCACCGAUUACCACACCUCCGCCACCAUCCAGGGCCCGGUGUACGGCUCCGAGCGCAAUGUCUACGUGCUGACCGGCUACCACACGGCGGCGGCAGGCGAGGAGUUUGCCUACCUGAUGCAGUCGCUCCGCCGCGGCACGGUCAUCGGCGAGAUCACCUCGGGCAACCUGCUGCACUCGCGCUCCUUCCAGGCGGACGGCACCACGGGCAUCCUCGUCACCGUGCCCGUCCUCGACUUUGUGGACAACAACGGCGAGCGCUGGCUCGGGGGCGGCGUGGUGCCGGACGCCAUCGUGCUGGCCGAUGAGGCGGAGGAGGCGACGGCCGAGAUCGUCCAGUUCCACCGGGAGAUGCGGGCGCUGGUGUCCGGCGCGGGCGAGCUACUGGACGCACACUACGCGUUCCCCGAGGUGGCCGCUAAGGUGCGCGGCGUGCUGGAGGCCAAGUGGCGGGACGGCGCGUACCGCUCGGUGGUGGACUAUGAGUCGCUGGCCUCGCAGCUGACCUCUGACCUGCAGGAGACGUCCGGCGACCACCGCCUGCACGUGUUCUACUGCGACGUGGAGCCAGAGGCCCCGCACGAGCUGCCCAAGCUCCCGUCGUCCAGCGACGACACUGCCUACGUCGUCAACGCGCUCUUCAAGAUCGACCUGCUGCCUGGCAACACGGGCUACCUGCGUUUGGACACGAUGCCGGACGCGGAGGCUCUGACCUUUGACCCUGUGGGGCCGCGGCUGCUGACGCAGGUAUGGAGCAAGCUGGUGCAGACGGACGCGCUGGUCAUCGACGUCCGCUUCAACACGGGCGGCCACUCCUCCGCCAUCCCCCUGCUCUGCAGCUUCCUGUUGGCCCGAGCGCCCGGCGCCCGCCGGCGCCGCCUGUACUCCAUCGACCCGGCUCCUCCUGCGUCCACGCCAGAGGUCACGACCCUACCCGCGGGUCAGGGCCAGCCUUCUGGACCGGAGAAGGACGUCUAUGUGCUGACGAGCCUCAUGACGGGGUCGGCGGCGGAGGCGCUGGUGUUCACCCUGCAGGACGCACGGAGAGCCACGGUGGUCGGGGAGGCCACGCCGGGCGGCUCGCUGUCCAGCGGGAUGUACCAGGUGGGCGGCAGCAUCCUUUACGUGUCCGUGCCCAACCAGGCGUCCACCAGCCCUGUGACGGGCAAGAGCUGGGAGGUGGUGGGCGUGGAGCCGGACGUGGAGGUGGCGUCCGAGGAUGCUCUGGACGUGGCGCUGCGCAUCGUCCACCUACGGGCACAGGUGCCCGCUCUGCUGCAGGCGUCCGCCACGCUCAUCGCCGAGAACUACGCCUUCGAGAGCGUCGGCGCCGACGUGGCCGCCAAGCUGAGCGCGCUGGCCACCAGCGGAGAGUACGCCAUGGUCAACACCAAAGAGGAGCUGGAGGUCAAGCUGUCCGCCGACCUUCUCAAGCUCUCCGGAGACAAGAGCCUGAAGACCACACACAACGUGCCCGCCCUGCCCGCCGUGUACCCACCUGAGGUGAUCAUCGAGCUCAUCAAGGUCUCCUUCCACACGGACAUCUUCGAGAACAAUGUGGGCUACCUGCGCUUCGACAUGUUCGGAGACUUUGAGCAGGUGAAGGCCAUCGCCCAGGUGAUCGUGGAGCACGUGUGGAACAAGGUGUUGGACACUGAUGCUCUGAUUGUGGACCUCAGAAACAACGUGGGCGGCCCGACGACCUCCAUCUCUGGGUUCUGCUCCUACUUCUUCGACGGAGACAAGGAGAUUGUGCUGGACAAACUCUACGACAGACCCACCGGCGCCACGCGCGAGCUGGUCACUCUGCCUACACUCACAGGUAAGCGGUACGGCUCUCAGAAGAGUCUGCUCAUCCUGACGAGUGGCGCGACGGCUGGAGCAGCUGAGGAGUUCGUCUACAUCAUGAAGCGUCUCGGCCGCGCUAUGGUCAUCGGCGAGACCACGGCCGGCAGCUCACACCCGCCAGUGACCUUCCGCGUGGGCGAGAGUGACCUGUUCCUCGCCAUCCCCAUCACCCACUCCGACACCAGCCAGGGCCCGGCCUGGGAGGGAGCGGGCAUCGCGCCACACAUCCCCGUGCCCGCGGACGCCGCGCUGGACACCGCCAAGGGCAUCCUCAACAAGCACUUCGCUGGACAGAAGUGACCUCUGACCUAUGUCCCCAGACCUGGUCUCCGCCUCCCAACGCAAAACAUGUCCGACAGAGUCCACAGUCCUACUGUCGUCAGAGAGUCCACACACAGCGUCCAGUCCAUCUCUCUCCCACACACACACAGCGUUGAGAGAGUCCCUCGUCCACACAUACACACACACAGCGUUGAGAGAGUCCCUCAGCCACACACACACACAGUGUCCAGAGAUUCCCUCGUCCACACACACACACACACACACAGUGUCCAGAGUCCCUCGUCCACACACACACACACACACAGCGUCCAGAGAGUCCCUCGUCCACACACACACACACAGCGUCCAGAGAGUCUCGCUCUCCUCGUGGAGCGGAGGUUUCUAGAAAGCAAGUCCUGCACCUGAGCCUGCUGUAGCAUGCUGACAGCACCAAACAGACAUGUCACACACACACAACACGGCCGUGUCACACACACACCACACACGCACCACACACACUGAUGGAGCGCUUUGUAAUAGCAGUGAUUAAAAGACGUAGAAUGAGAUGAUUCAACGGUAGUGUCCUGAACACCUUAGUGCUUUAGAUGUGAUGACCCCUUAGAUGUGGUCUGUGGAAAUAAUCUGACUGUGAUACAGCUCAUAUGUUGAGAUGUGAUGUCAUAUGUUGAGAUGUGAUGUCAUAUGUUGAGAUGUGACGUCAUAUGUUGAGAUGUGAUGUCAUAUGUUGAGAUAUGAUGUCAUAUUUUGAGAUGUGAUGUCAAAGAAUGAAUGUUUGUAUUUAUGAAGAAAAAGAAAUCAACAUAACUUGUGGGCCCUGGGUAUAUUUGAGGAAUUACGUUAUGAUUGCACUCCGGGAUCAACAAACACACAAACAAACACCAUGUUCUUUCUUCUGCUUUUUUCUGACUUUGUAUUUGUGGAAAGUGUUUAUUGUGGUGCAUGUGGGGAAACAGAUGAGGAGAGUUGACCCAUAUGGGCAUCUGUACAUUCCUAAUGGCAAAACAAUAAAGAUUUGGGGAAACAACGUAAAA